AACCGGGUCGGUGGUGGUAGUUAUUCGACUGAAGGCGAACGAGCAACAUCAUCAGCUCUCUCUCUCUCUCUGACUAAAGCUAUAAAAGUGCGUUAUUCUCUCUCCCAACCGAUCAAACAACCCGAAGGCGCUGAAUAACCAGGAACAAGAUGGAACGUAUUGCCUUUCGCUUAUUCUUUUCUUUUCUUCUCCUGCUGAUGGCCACUGCAGUUUCUCACGGAGCACAGUAUCCGUGGUCAGGAUCUAGUAUGCCAUAUCAGCAGACACCUUACAGGAGAACGUCCACUUCACCUGCUGUCGGUGAUAUAACCCCUUACAACGAACGGUUGGAUGCCAAAGAAUGGCUGGACAAAUUGCUGGACAGUUUGACUUCCGCCGAACCCAUUUUGAACGGCGUGAACGAGCAACGUUCGCCAUCUCAGAAUAGUCCGCAGCGAAUUUUUCAAAGAGAAGCUCGACCGAGUCUGACGUUUGUCCAAAAUCAUCCGACUGGAAAAAGGAGGUUUUCAUUGGCCAGCGUUAGAGUCAACCCCGCCAGUUUGAAGAGACAGCACAUCUUUGCUGCUCCCAACAUGGCUUUGCUGGAACUGGAGAAUCCAGCGCGAAUUCCCAACCGUUUAAAUUCACCAAAUAUUCGACCGACAAAUAUUCCAAGACUCGUCCACCAACAGCAGCGUCCUAGGGACACCGUCCAAUGGCAACCAGUUCCAACUUUAAGGCAACAGCAACCUUACGUGCAAACAUACCAGCAGCAAGGAGCGGAGGACGACUAUCUCGGGCAUUCCCAACUCACAUUUGAAAAUCCCGCCACUUCAGGUUCGACGACAUCAGAGCGCCACCUUGACGUGGAUGUUUAUGUAAAUCACCACCCUUGAAAUGUUGGCGCCCUUUUUUUGAAUUGGAAGCCGAUUAUUGGAAGUAGAAAAAAUAGUAUCAAAAUGAUCUGUGAUUGUAGCAAAAACAAAAAAACAUUCCCCAACAUUCUGUUGUGUCAGAGGUCUUUACGAAUGACGCUGGAAGUCAAUCCCGGAAGACGUUGUUUGUACUGUAACUCUUAUAAUUGAUUGUUUAAAUUGAGUUGGUGUCGCCCUCCUUUUGCUGUGCAAUGUUUGAGCUGGAAAUCAAUUUUGCCACACACCAGCAUAUCCCAUACCACCUUUUUAUACUUGUUAUGCAUAAUAUAGAAUAAUAAACGUCUAAACAGUU